AUGGGUGUUCCGGGUUCUAUAGAUUCAGUGACCGCUGAGGAUAUGCUUAAGAAUUUUGAAGUGAAUUCUGUGGCACCGCUUAUGUUAACCAAAGCAUUGCUGCCAUUGCUUAAGGUGUCGGGGGCCAGAGGAAAGACAUCCGUAAUUAACAUAUCAUCCAGUGUUGGAUCCAUGAGCCUUGAGAUCCCGGAGAUCUUUACGAGAGAAAUAUAUCCCUACUGUACGAGUAAAGCAGCCCUCAAUAUGAUCACCAAACGUCUGUCGGUUGACCUCAAGCCUCAUGGCAUACAUGUGAUCAGUAUAUGUCCGGGUCAUCUGAAAACAGAUAUGGGCGGACCUAAUGCUGCGUUGGAAGUGAGCACCGGUGUGUCGGGUGUGAUGCAUGUUAUUAAGACCAUGGUCACUGAUGAUAAUUUGGGAAAGCUCAUUAAUCAUGAGGGCUCAAUAGUACCAUACUAA